UGUGGUUUGUGUUUUUGUGUGAUUAUGAAAACCAGUUCAACAAGACCUCUCCGAAACAACCCACACAUCAUCCUUCAAGAACAAUUCGUGCAAACAGAUAAUUUCAGACAGGAGACCUGAAACGUGGCAGAACCCGCAACGGAUACUUAGACCCUCGAGCGUCUUGCGAAAGAUUAUCGAGAGAAUCGAUUAUCGAGAAUCGAGAGACUUUGCUGAUUCGAUUGUCAAUGAAACCCAAUUGAAAGUGGCGAACAUGAAACUGUUACAAAAAGAUAAGUAAGUGGUUAAUAUGUGAGUGUUGUGGCUAUGACUACUGAAGACACUGUCAAUGUGGAUUAUAAAUAAAAUGUACGGUGCGUCAAAGUUGCCAGUGGAGAAAUAUCAACAAUGAUCAAGAUGACAACUCUACACUCAGUGUUCGUUUGCAUAGCACUGCAUUUCAUUGGUACAGUUAUCACACUAAAGUCCCUACAAAUCCAUGUGCCGAAGGCGGUGCUGACAGGCCACGACGCCGACCUCAUGUGCACCUACGAGCUGGAGGGCGCGCAGCUGUACUCCAUACGAUGGUACAGGAAUAUGAUCGAGUUCUACCGGUUUGUGCCUAAGGAAUCGCCGGCCACUAAAGUGUUCCCCGUAGCUGAAAUUAAAGUUGAUGUAGCAGCUUCAGAUCAAAACCGAGUGGUCCUGACUGAGGUAGAUCGGACGCUGACUGGCGAAUACCAGUGCGAGGUGUCAGCUGAUGCACCCUAUUUUCAUACUGACAUUAAGGCAGCCAUGAUGGUUGUAGUAGAACCACCCCUGACGAGUCCGAACGUGACAUCGGAUCGUCUGUCAUACGUCGGCGGGGAUCAUAUCCGAGCGAACUGCUCGUCGCCGCCAUCGCUCCCAGCUGCCAACAUCACGUGGUUUGUCAACGAGCAAAUGGUACCUGGCUUCACAGCCAACCAUGUUCUGAACUUCAGCAAUGGCUACGCGUCCAGUCAAGCGACUCUCGAACUGGAAGCCGCUGUGCAUUCCCCUGUGCCUACUCUUAUGAUACGGUGUGAGGCGUCAAUAUUCGACGUGUGGAGAUCGACAAGUCACACGAUAGUGUUACGAGAACGGAGCGCCAACCCUGCGUCUGCUUUAGGCAGAAGUUUAACAGGUGCCGCUACCGAAGCCUGUCUGCCAACAAUAAUGGUGAUCCUCCUUCAGCUCUCCUUACAACUCCUACAAAGGUACAGCGGCACAUCCAUCAGAUAGCUGUUCGUCUGUUCGUGUGUUAACUGCAAGUUGAACUAAACUAGUAAUUUGUACGUUUAAUACUGUAUUUAGAUAAAGUCUCAGGGUUUGAAGCAAUUCUAUUGGAAUUAGAUAAGUGUUGGUUUUUUAACCUUUGUUUCUUUUCUUCUUUUUUUAUAUUUACAUUUUUCUCGAGUCACUUGACGUAUUCAAUAUUGUUUUUGGGUCCAGUAAAUCUGACGUUGUUUUUAAUUCUUUAAAUAAAACUGCCAAUUCUCGU